ACCUCCGGACCGGCAGUGAUGGCGUCGCUCACCGUGAAGGCCUACCUUCUGGGCAAGGAGGAGGCGGCCCGCGAGAUCCGCCGCUUCAGCUUCUGCUUCAGCGCCGAGGCCGAGGCGGAGGGCGCGGCCGGGCCCGGGCCCUGCGAGCGUCUGCUGAGCCGGGUGGCCGCCCUGUUCCCGGUGCUGCGACCCGGCGGCUUCCAGACGCACUACCGCGAUGAGGACGGAGACUUGGUGGCCUUUUCCAGUGACGAGGAACUGACCAUGGCACUGUCCUAUGUGAAGGAUGACAUCUUCCGUAUUUAUAUUAAAGAGAAGAAGGAGUGUCGGCGGGACCACCGCCCCCCGUGUGCUCAGGAGAUGCCCCGCGGCCUGGUGCACCCCAACGUGAUCUGUGAUGGUUGCAAUGGGCCGGUGGUAGGGACCCGCUACAAGUGCAGUGUCUGCCCGGACUACGACCUGUGUGCCGCCUGCGAGGGGAAGGGCCUACACCGGGAGCACAGCAAGCUGGUUCUCCCUGCUGCCUUCGGCCCCUUACCUGAGGGCUUCUCACACAGCCGCUGGCUGCGGAAGCUGAAACACGGGUACUUUGGGUGGCCCGGCUGGGAGAUGGGCCCACCAGGGAACUGGAGCCCGCGUCCUCCCCGGGCAGGGGACGCCCGGCCCAGCUCUGCGGCAGAACCAGCUGCUGGUUCGUCGGAGGAUCCCAGUGUGAAUUUCCUUAAGAACGUAGGGGAGAGUGUGGCGGCUGCCCUGAGCCCUCUGGGCAUCGAAGUGGAUAUUGAUGUGGAACACGGGGGGAAAAGAAGCCGCCUUACCCCCGUCUCUCCAGGCAGCUCCAGCACUGAGGAGAAGUGCGGCUCUCAGCCAAGCAGCUGCUCUUCAGACCCCAGCAAACCAGAUGGGGACCCGGAGGGCGCGGCGCAGUCCUUGGCGGAGCAGAUGGACAAGGUUGCCCUGGAGUCAGGGCUGCCCGAGGAGCAGAUGGAGUCGGAUAACUGCUCGGGAGGAGACGAAGACUGGACCCAUUUGUCUUCAAAGGAAGUAGACCCGUCUACAGGGGAACUCCAGUCUCUACAGAUGCCUGAAUCUGAAGGGCCAGGCUCUCUAGACUCUUCUCAGGAAGGGCCCACAGGACUGAAGGAAGCUGCAUUGUACCCACAUCUGCCACCAGAGGCUGACCCCCGGCUCAUCGAGUCCCUGUCCCAGAUGCUGUCCAUGGGCUUCUCCGACGAAGGCGGCUGGCUCACCAGGCUCCUGCAGACCAAGAACUAUGACAUUGGGGCGGCGCUGGACACUAUCCAGUAUUCGAAGCACCCGUUGUGACGGCUUCUGCCCCCGGUCCCGUCCCCCUUCUUGUCUCCUGGUCGUGUUGAGCUAGUGUAGAACAGCGGGGCCCCUCUCAGGGCCAGU